GUAAUCAGUUUUGUAGUCACUAGUCUCAUUUGGUCUCCUUCCUUCCUUCUCUCUCUCUGUCUCUCUCUCUUUUUUUCUUCAACAAAUUUGUGUUUUUUUUCCCAGAAAAAAAGACUAGACAUCGCUCUGGAAGUAUCUCUCAUCAUGUAAUUCUGAUUUCAUCUCUGUGUGUUUUUCUUCUUCAACAACUUUUGUCAUUUCCUUUUUGUCUUGCUGUGUUUCCAAUGUGUGAAUCUUUUUUUUUUUUAUUCCCUUGUUUUUUCCUUCUUUUUUCUGUUUUCUUUGAAGGGUUCUUCCUAAAAAUAUGUAUAUCAAGAAAUUAUUUGAAUUUUAGAAUUGUUUAACUUGCUCUAUUCUGUUCUGUAUGAUAUCGAAAUUCUACAAUCUCUGCUUCGAUUUUCUUGAUGAAUUUCUGUUUCUCUUUUCUGUAAAUAUAAUUACAAAUUUUCUUGUUUUACAAAUUGUUUAUAUGAAGAAUUAGUGUGUGUGUGUGUGUGUUUCCUUCUAUGGUAAGUUACACUAAACCCUAGUAAAGACAGUAUGAGAGUUUUUUUUUUGGGUAAAUCUUGGUACAUGAUCCAAUAUUGAAAAGAGGAUAUCAAUUAGAAAUUCUUUGAUUUAAAGUCUUAGUCGUGAGGGUUGACCAUUAGUCGUUGAUGAUAAUAGUUAUCUUGGUAUGAAUUCGGUAGUGUACAAGUACAAUUGAUUGCCGGUCUUUCUGCUGCUGAUAUAUGACUUUUGGAAUGACUAUUUCCUAAUUGCAGAAAAAUGGAAUUCUCUCAAGCAGACUACAUGAAUGAUGACUCUGAAGGAUGGGACGAUAAUUCUCCUACUAUCUUCAAGGGAUUUUCCUCAGCAAUUACCACUCAGAGGCACGGUCUUGAAAAGCUUGCAGAUUAUGGCUUUAAGAUUGACGCUUAUCAGAAUCAUGAAUUUCCUACACACAUCAUAAGGGAAGGGGAUAAGAAGAUAAAAGAUGUGGUGAAGGAACAUGUACUCCCAUUCCUUCCUGCAAAAUCGCUUAUGAGGUUUAAGGCUGUGUCAAAAGAAUGGGAUAAAUGGAUAGCUUGUCCCCUAUUAAGCCACCAACAAAGUUUCUCUUGCAAGAGUUUCUCGGGCUACUUCUGUCAAGAUAUGAAGAUGGAAUGGGAUACGGAAACUAUGUUUUUAUCUCUGGACCAUUCUACAAGUGGAGUUCCCUGCCCAGCCCUUGAUUUCUUGCCUGAAGUUGUCAAAAUUCUAAGUUCUUGCAGCGGAUUGCUCCUUUGUCAGGGGUCAGAAAAGUAUUAUGUUUGCAACCCUGCAAGCCAGGACUGGAAAAUGCUCCCUCUUCCUCAGUGUUAUCACGGGGAGGAACCCGCAGUUGCUCUUGCAUUUGAGCCCUCUCUUCGUAACAUUGAGGCGUAUUAUCAUGUUAUCUGUGCAUUUCCUAUGCUUGGUCAGCCUAUAAUCGGCUUUGAGAUUUACUCUUCUGAAUCAAAUACUUGGAGCUGCUCUUCUGCAUACUGUACUGACAUAGAAAACCCAAGGCUUGUUGGUGGGGGUUUCUAUAUGAAUGGGGUUGCUUAUUAUGAGACGAAAUCAAACGAAGUACUGGCCUUUGAUGUCAAAGUUGAGAUCCCUGCAAUUAUAUCUUUACCUGAUCAAGUUGGAAGACAUGGAUCCUUAACACAGAUGGAAGGUGAGCUGUGCUACGUUGCUGCUAAUAAUGAAUGUGGAAAUGUUUUCUUAAUAGAUAUCUACCAAGGCAUGGAAAUGAUCUUGAAGCGCACUGUUAGUGUGACUCUUGGACCGGAUAGGAGUUUUACUCAAGCGUGCAAGGUACUACCAUGUGUUAACAGUGAUGCUGUGGCUAUUCAGUCUGGCCAAUAUAUACACUUUUAUCACAUCAGCGAGCAGAAAGUUGAGUCUAUAGCAAGUUCAUUCACUAUGGGCCAUGGCAAAAAGUUCCUGCCAUACACAAACAGCCUUGCUAUGCUACAUGAGCUGAAGGAGCCUUAAUUCACUAUGUCAAUGGUUUUUCCGUACAGUAGAAAAUCACUGACUUUACAGUUUUUUUGAAUCUAUGCUUACAGUGUGACUUGGAUGUAUAAAAGGAUUAUGCAUGUUGAUAUUCUCUUUUUGGUUAAUAAAGGAUUUUGUGUAA